AUGUCCACAGUCAACACCGUCAAAUAUUACUUCCACAAAGAUCAUGUUCCCAAAACUGCAGAGCGGAUACAACAGUUGGUAGCCUUGGCAUAUCAGACCGCAAGAGAUAAACAGCUUUAUCCACGAGCAGUCUUUAUCCGAUCGGAGCUUCAUGACACAACUUCCAUCAAUGGUAUCCAUCAGCGAGACCCGAAGGGCCUUCAUGUCACUCUCUGCUACAAAGAUGAGGAGCAGCUCCGCAACAGCACACAUGUUGCCUGUCACGGCUAUGUGAAGGACGCGGAGAGUAUGACAUUCAAGGAGGCCACUCAUGCCGGAGAAAAACCCGACUUGACCAGAAAGAGAAACAAAAAUCGCACUCCUGUUUGGCCGUCCGCGGACGAACUUUACGCUGCGCCCGAAAUUGGUUAUGGUCACUGGGAUUAG